AUGGCCCUUCAUAGAUUACGAGUUGGCGUGGCUGGCCUAGGGCGCAUGGGGAAGCGGCAUGCCCUCAUCUUUUUGAACCAGGUGCCACGCGCAGAGCUUGUUGCUGUUUCCAGCCCCGACGUCAAGGAAAGAGAGUGGGCGGCUGAAAAUCUCGCCCAGCACGGCGUUACCGUCUAUGAGCACUUCCCCGACAUGCUCGCCCACGACAGCCUGGAAGCAGUGUGCAUUGCUUCCGCGACCUCCGCCCAUGCAGACCAGUCCAAGGAAGCAAUCGCGUCCGGAAAACAUGUUCUUUGCGAGAAACCUCUAUCGACAACUGUCGAAGCCUCUCAGUCGGUGGUUGAUGCAGCCUUGAAGCGGCCGGAUCUGCAGGUCGUUUGCGGAUUCUCACGCCGCUCAGAUGAAUCAUACCGCGAUGCUCACCGGAAGGUCCAAGAGGGGCUCAUCGGGACUCCGACGGUGAUGCGGUGUCAGAGCUGCGACAUCUUGGACCCGACCGGGGCGUUCGUGUCCUAUGCCGCUGUAUCUGGUGGAGUGUUCCCCGACGCUAGCAUCCACGACAUUGACCUCGCGAUAUGGUUCUUUGGAAAAGACGCCAAGAUCAAAUCUGUCCACGCGAUCGGGACGGCUGCUUGCUACCGAGAGCUUCGCCAGUAUGGCGACGCGGACAACGCAAUUGGGAUGCUGGAAUUCCACGACGGUCGUAUGGUCUCCCUAUUUGUAUCACGGACGAUGUCCGGCGGUGCGGAGGACUCGACUGAAAUCAUUGGCACCACGGGCAAACUGGUAGUGAAUCAGGUUCCCAGGACGAAUUCCGUACAGCUUUACCAGGCUGGCGGUGUCUUCCACCAGAUGCCACAGAACUACUGGAAAAGAUUCCAUAACGCGUUCGUCGUCCAGGCAAACGAUUUCACUGCCAGCAUUAUGGACAAGGGCCCGCCGUUGAUUGAGUUGACUUCGGCAGUGGAGGUUGUCAAGAUUGGAGUCGCUCUGCAAGAGUCUAUGAGAACGGGAUGGAAGAUCUGCUUCGAUGAACACGGCACCCGUAUCGACCAAGCUCAUCUUUAG